AUGGUUAUUAUCACUAUUGAUAUGGACCUAUGUCUUUGCCACCGACAGUUUCUGCCGCAGCUCUACGAGUCCAUCCAGCGUAUUAUCUACAAGGCCUCAGAGCAGAAGGAAUUCAUCCAGUCUUGCGUCCCACCCUUCUUCAAAUCCACGAAGGACUUCCUCUUCGCGGGGGAUCUCGAUGCCAAUUUGAUCUGCAUGUUCACCUCCAGGGUUGGUGUCUGUGUGAAAUUUGUUUUCUAUGCUCUUCAUAUGUGA